CUAUAUAAAUUGGUGUAUACCAGCAAGUUUGUUGCUACAGACAAAGAGAAGUUGAUUGAAAUCUGAUUGAAAACCAUGAGCCUGAACUGGGGAUACGAUUCACAUAAUGGCCCGGACCAGUGGCAUAAACUUUAUCCCAUCGCCAAUGGAGAUUUCCAGUCUCCGAUUGAAAUCAAAAGCAGUGAAGCAAAAGUAGACGAGUCUCUGAAGUCUCUCAGUAUUCGCUACAAUGCAGCUUCUCUCAAGUCCUUGGUCAAUGUGGGUCAUUCAUUCCAAGUGCUGGCCGAGGACAAGGAGAACCCCUCAGUUGUAUCACAGGGGCCUCUUAAAGCGACCUAUCGGCUAAAUCAGUUCCAUUUCCACUGGGGAGCUUCCAAUGACUUUGGCUCAGAACAUACUGUGGAUGGAAAGGGGUAUGCAGCAGAGUUACACCUGGUUCACUGGAAUUCAGACAAAUAUUCAAGCUUUGCAGAGGCCGCUAAGAAUCCUGAUGGAUGUGCUAUCGUUACAGUUUUCAUAAAGGUUGGCAGUUCCCAUCCAGGCCUGCAGAGAGUUGUUGAAGCACUCAAGCUGAUUGCGGCAAAGGGUAAACAAGCAGCUUUUACAAAUUUUGAUGCUUCAACUUUACUUCCUGCUUCAAUGGACUACUGGACUUACCAAGGGUCUUUGACUCACCCUCCUCUGCUUGAGUGUGUGACCUGGAUUAUAUUCAAGGAACCAAUCAGUGCUAGCUCUGAACAGAUAAACUUGUUCCGCAGCAUUCUGUCUUCUGCCGAGGGAGAAAAAAUGUGUCCUAUUUUGACCAAUUACCGACCAAUCCAGCCCCUGAAGGGCAGAGAAGUCAAAGCUUCAUUCCAAUAACAGAUGUAGUUAGAAUGGUGCUGGGCGCAAUAAAGAGAAAAAGAGUGUGUAAUAAUAUGUUUUCUGCAAUUAGAACAAUAAACAUUAAAUGGUC